GACGCAAGCACAAACUGUUGGCAGCCAGGGUGGAAAUACCUGCUACUCCAUUCUUACAGGAAGGGGUAGUUUUAUGUUAAUCACCCCUAGAAGCAGCCUUCUGGGAUCCCGCUGAUCCCCCUGCGCGCUCCCAGGUUGGUGGGGAGGCGGUGGCUCGGUGCCAGUGGGGGUAGCAUGUUGGGGAGGCUGUUGGGGUGCAGCCCCAGGCUGUGGCGGCAGGUGGCUCGGCCAGUCCCACACCCUGCCAGACCCAUUGGUGACAAAGUGAAGGGCGCUCAGGAUGCAGCUUUGCCGACAGCUAAUCCAGGUUACGAAACUUUCAAGAAUGACAGAAGGCCUACAAAUUUUGAUAAAAAGGUGUUAGUAUGGGCAGGACGCUUUAAAAAGGAGGAGGACAUUCCCAAGCUUAUAUCGUCUGAGGUCCUUGAUGCAGCGAGAAGCAGUGUCAGGAUAAAGGUUUGCUACAUCAUGAUUGUGCUGACCGUGCUGGGCUGUUUGGCCAUGGUAAUCACAGGCAAAGAAGCUGCUAAAAGGGAUCACACACUGCUGCGGAUGAACAUAGAAAAGAAAGCCAAAUGGAAGGCUGAAGUGGGGAAAGAUGAGGAGGCAGUUGUUGGGAAGCUGCAAUGAUUUGGAAGAGAUUUAUUUUAACAGUAGGAAAUAAGUGAUUUGCACAUGUGGCGUAUGUACCUGUCUCCACUUAACUCUUAGGAGCUUUUUUACUGAAACUCUCAGUGCAAAGAUUUCACUGCUUAAAAAUUGUUCCAUACAAACAGGGAAACUGAAAUACAUUUGGCAAGCACAAAAAGGCCAAUUAUCCAGAGUCCUGCUGCCAUCACUGUCCCCUCUCCCUCCCCACCUCCUUGCAGGGUCCCGCGGCCAAGGGGAGAGCGGGGACAUGAGCAUGCAGAGGGGCUGGGAAGAUGGAGGGGUGUGAGCAGACCCUGAUGAUGGAUUUGGGCCAAAAGGGGCUUUGGGCCAGAGGAGAUGGCAGUGAUGUGAUGUGAUGUGACAGCUUGGACAUGUGGAGGGGUUUGGUUGCUGUGGGGCAACCUGGGGAACAACGAACCUGUCCUGAAGGCACCUCUUGUCCUGUUGCACCUCUGAUUUUCCAUCUUCUGCUUCCAGUCAUUGUUAUGAAAGUUCUCUAGCACUUGCUUAGUUGUGAUUUUAGUCAGGAGUAUUUGUUAAUACAUGGUUUGCUAAAACUGAAUUCUUCUUAAUCAUCAUAGUUCAUUAAUUCAUAAUAAAACAGCUGUCCAAUUACAUCUGAAACAAA